AUGGCUUCAGUUGAUUACAGAAGGAAAUCACUGGUUCAGGCUCUCUCCAAGCACUUUUCAUUGGAUCCUAGUGUUAUUCAAGCUGAUAGUUUAGACGGUGAUAUUAAGUCUCUUUACUUAAGCAUCACUGCGGCAUCUGGGCACGAGGUUAAUCAUUCUGACGAGGUGUUGAAGUGGGUAGCAUUUGCAGAGUCCUUUCCUGUGGCUCUUGAUGAGUCCUUUGAGAAUCUCAAGAGAUUAAAUGAUGAACUUUCUGGAAAGUCUGUGCUCCUUGGCAAUGGAUUGAAACCCUCUGAAGCUGAUGUUAUAGUGUUUUCAGUUAUUCAUCCUUCCCUGAUCAGUCUUCCAGAUACAAACAAGGAAAAGUUGCCACAUGUGUUGAGAUGGAUUGACUACAUCCAGCACAAACAGGAAUUUGUAGGCUUAUUUGAGGAAAUAGUGUUGCAGAAGCCUGAAUUUGAGCCUCCGGCGACAAAAUCUGUUAGUGCCGUGGAAUCUGAUUUAAAAUCGAACAAGCCUGAGCAAAGCAUAAAGAAUGCAAGCAAGCCAGAAACAGACAUAAGCAAGGAUAAAAACAAAUCUGAGGUUAAUGGAAAGUCCGCAGGAGACACUGAACCUGCUAAAGCCAAAGCCAAGGCAAAAGCCACAAAACCUGCUGCUGGCAAAGAGGUAGCCGAGAAAGAGCAUGAACUUAGUGUCAGUUUGCUUAAUAUUCAAGUUGGAUUAAUUCGUAAAGCAUGGAAGCAUCCAUCAGCAGAUAGUUUGCUAGUGGAGGAGAUAGAUGUCGGUGACGCCAAAUUGCGGCAGGUUGUCAGUGGUUUGGCAAAGUACUGCAGUCCUGAUGAGUUAACGAACCGUCGAGUUGCACUUAUUACAAACGUCAAACCUGGAAAACUACGGGAUGUGACGUCUGAAGGACUGGUCUUAUGUGCUUCAAAUGAAGGUUCCACCAUUGUUGAGCCCUUGCUCCCUCCUGAAGGAGCUAAAAUUGGGGAGCGUGUUUCUUUUGCUGGGAUUGAUGGAAAACCAGAAGACGUACUAAACCCGAAAAAGAAACAGCUCGAGAAGAUUACACCGCAUCUAUUCACCGAUGACAAUGGCGUGGCCACAUUCAAGGGGAUACCAUUUAUGACUUCUGGUGGACCAUGCACAGCAUCCAUUUCCAGAGCAACUAUAAAGUGA